AUGCAUGGUAGAGCAGAGAUGGGAGCAGCAAACAUGUUGAAUGAAGGAGUAUCAAAGCAGUUUGAGUUUCAGCCAUUGACGACUACUACUACUACUAGUCUUCUUCAUGAUCAAUUCUCACUUCAAACUCAAUCUGAUUACCUCUUCUACCCAUCAAUAUUAUCAGCAUUGCCUCACCACUCUUCAUUCAACUUCCAGAUCCAAAAUCAUCAUCAUCAUCAUCAUUUACCACCAUCACACUUGAUCGAUUCCGAAUGGACUAACGACGAACUUCUUGCACUCUUCAAGAUCAGAUCUACCAAUGAAAAUUGCUUCCCAGAUCGCCUCACAUGGGACCAUGUCUCAAGGAAGCUUGAGGAAGUUGGGUUUAAGAAGAGUGCUGACAAGUGCAAGGAGAAGUUUGAAGAUGAGAACACAUCAUUAUUGAAGAUCAAUAAUCAUAAUGAUUUUGCUAACGAGCUUCAAAGUCUCUAUCAAACUUGUUGUGUUGAUGAACCCGAUGAACACGAAAAGACUCAACACGAAGAAGAACAUUUAAGAGAUGAGGAUAACAUUGACAUUGUAGUAAACAAACAAUGUGAUGAUAAGGUGGUGAUGGAAGAAUCAAAGCUAGACAGAAAUAGAAAGAGGAAGAGUCGUCGUCGCAAUAGAUUCAAAAUGAUGAAAUGUUUCUGCGAGGCUGUGGUUAAUAAAAUGAUGGCACAACAAGAAGAAAUACACAAUAAGCUAAUUCAAGACAUGCUCAAAAGAGAUCAAGAGAAGCUUGCCAGAGAAGAAGAAUGGAAAAAGCAAGAAACUGAAAGGAUGAACAUGAUGACACAAGAACAAGCUAUUUCAAAUCAUAGACAAGCCACCAUAAUUGAUUUCUUGAAAAAACAUCUUUCCACAAAUGAAAACAACAAUGUUAUUCUCAACAACAAAACUACAAAAGCAUGUUCUUCUUCUCAACAAUUGCACUCACAAAACCCUAGCUCAAGCGAAACAGCAUUACUAGAGGAUAAGAGAAGGUGGCCAAGAGAUGAAGUGUUGGCACUGAUAAACCUAAAGUGUACUACAAGUGUAAUAAACAGAAGAAGCAACAAGAAGGGACCUGUGUGGGAGAGAAUCUCUGAAGGGAUGUCAGAGUUGGGAUACAAGAGAAGUGCAAAGAGGUGUAAAGAGAAAUGGGAAAACAUAAACAAGUAUUUUAGAAAAACAAAGGAUGGUGUUGUGAAUAAGAGGAAAAGGAGAAUGGAUUCAAGGACUUGUCCUUAUUUUUAUCAACUAAGUUCUUUGUAUAAUAGGCAGCAGCAUGGAAAAGUGACUGCUCCUCAAAAUCAAUUAACAUUCAAUUCAACUGGUCAAGGUGAUGAUCAACAUCAACCCCUAGCUCAAUCUUAUGAUUUUUCUUAG